AUGGCUAAUAAGAAUAAAAAAGAUAAAGAUAUGAGGAAAAAAGGUAAAACAAACUCUCUUUGUUUGGCAGCUUGGACAAACUUUGUAGCACCUGAUCGUCCAUGCCACUCUUGGAGGUAUGAAUUUUUUCAAUUGACAUAUGAUGCUAGAGGUAGACGAGGGUUUACAACAUUGCAGAAAUGUGUUGCGGUUAUUCGUUUGAUUACUAUGGGGGAGUCACCCGACACCAUGGACGACUAUAUGAUAAUGUCUGAAAGAACCGCAAGGGAGAGUUUGUAUACAUUGUCAAGGGGUGUUGUGGAAACAUUUGGAGAUGUAUAUUUGCGGAAACCUCCAUUACAUGAUUUUCAAGAAUUGAAAUAUGCAACUGGUCAUCAUGGAUCACCUUCAUUGGUUUUAGAGGUUGUUGCUUCUCAAGAUUUAUGGAUUUGGCAUGCAUUUUUGGGGGUUGUGGGUUCCAACAACAGCAUCAACGUUCUUGAUCAGUCAACAAUAUUCGACGAUCUUUUGAAUGGAAAGGCCCAGGAUGCUCCUUUCAUGGUGAAUGGAAACGAAUACAAAUAUGGGUAUUACCUUACAGAUGGAAUAUAUCAUCAGUAUUCCACAUUCGUGAAGGCAUUCUGUCACCCGGUUGAAGAACGAGACAAUUUUUUUAAGAGAAAACAAUAA